AAAAAAUUUAAAGAAAAUAAAGAGAGAGAGAGAGAGAGAGAGAGAGAGAGAGAGAGAGAGAGAUGAAUUUGAGACUACAACUAAGAAAGUUUGAAGAAACAUUUGAUAUGGAGAAAGCUGUGUGCAAUCAUGGCUUCUUCAUGAUGGCUCCAAAUGUGUGGAACCAUCAAAGGAAGUCACUUAGCAGACCUCUAACACUUUCUGAUUCUUCUUCUACCAACGUGACCAUCAGUCAUCCUCGCCCUCACCCUUUUCUUGUAAUCCAAGUUCAUAGCAUUAACAACAUCUCACGGGCCGACGAAGAAAUUAUCUUGCAACAAGUGGCGAGGAUGCUUAGAAUAUCAGCCGAUGACGUAUGUGACGUGGCCGAGUUUCAACAACUCCAUGACGCCGCAAAGAUGAGUGGUUUCGGCCGAAUCUUCCGCUCACCGUCUCUCUUUGAAGAUAUGGUAAAAUCUAUCUUGUUAUGUAAUACUACUUGGGAGAGGACACUAGAUAUGGUUUCUAAGCUCUGUGUGUUGCAAUCAAAGUUAGCCGACGGCACGGUUAAGUCUCCUCUCCAAUCUAAAAAGAGGAAACGAGUCCUCAGGCCUGCUUCUCUCCAAUCUAAAAAGAGGAAACGAGUCCUAGAACCUAGGAAAGAAACAAUAGGAAACUUCCCUAGUGCCAAGGAAAUAGCUAGCCUUGACAAAUAUUUGAUCAAUGAGCAUUGUAAACUUGGUUACAGAGCAAAUUGGAUAGUUAAAUUAGCAAAUAUGGUUGAAAGUGGGUCACUGAAUCUUGAAGAGAUUGAAAGAAGAGAUGUGGGAGCAGAACAGGUUUUUAAUCAACUGAUAAAGUUGACAGGCUUUGGUGCUUUUGUAACUGCAACGGUGCUUAUGUGUAUUGGUCAUUACCGUCUUGUUCCAUCCGAUACCGAGACCCUACGACUCUUACAAGAGGUGCAUGGAAAGGAGGAAUGUUCGAAAGAGACGCUAGAGAAAGUAGCACAAUCAUUCUACGAGAGAUACUCUCCAUUUCAGUCUUUAGCCUACUGGUUUGAUCUAAUCCAAAACUAUGAAACAAAACUUGGCAAGCUUAGCGAAUUGAGUCACUGUGACUACAAGAGGGUUGGAGGAUGCUCUUUCGUGAAGCAACUCAAGGCAGACUAAAUGAAUCUCUCUCUCUCUCUAAAUGAAAACUUUAUAUUUCACUAUAUAAGUACGCUUGGGUUUUUAUUCCUUUUAUGGUUUGUCUUUUAAACUGGUUUAGUGAGUUUUCAAUAUCUCUUAUGUGUGUCAUCUAUACUCUAUAACGGAAAUUUGAUAUGGAAGACAAAAUCUUUCUUUCUUCAAGAGAGAUUAUUGAUUCCUCAAGAUCCUGAAAAAUGAACCUCCAAGAAAGCUAUGAAAUGUUUUGUAUCUUAAGAGGCUUCAUUUUCCCAAUGUGGGGGACUAAAGUUUUUGUUCUUUGUUUAUUAGGCU